GCUUUUCCCAUCUGCCUAACGGGCUCUACCCAUCGUACAUUCCCCUGAGCCACCUUGAGCCCCCCAGUGCUGGCAGUCCUCUCCUGGCCCAGCUGGGUCAGCACAGCCUCUUCGAGUCACAGAAAGAUGGUUUCUACUUGUCCGGCCACGCGGGUCAAUCCGCUUUGCACCCGCAGCCUCCGCUCUCGAGGACAGCGGGCAGCCAUACAUCGAGCACUUUGCUCCGGGAGAAGGACCUUGGACAACUGCACAAGAGCUCGAAAGAAAGCCUGAAAGACCCCGUCGGGAAGGAGAGGGCAUGCAGAAGUGAUCUGUCCCUGCCCUUUGCCAAAAAGGAGGGCAAGCCGAAGGAAGAGCCCCGGCCCCGCAGCGUGGUAGACCUCACGCAGGACACUAAGCCCGACAGCGACCGGAAACAUUUGCCAAUCCGGUGUGCGGGUGGUGGGGAACCCAAGUCCAAGAACCCGCUGCAGAGCUCUUCCCUCAGCAACUGCAACGGCGGCGGGGACUCCAUGCUGAAGGUCCUGGGUGCCGAGCAGGACCGCUGUGCCAAGGAUCCCGCUCGGCAUGACGAGAACAUGAGGCCUUCUGCGCAUGCCCACGCCGAGCGGCUGAAGCGAGGGGAGCCCCUCCUGCCCUCCGACAAGGACCUCAGCAAGGUGGGGGUGCUGCAGUCGCCCACGGAGCGGUGCCUCGCAGACGCUUCCCGCGCGCUCUUGUCCCAGGACUUUUCUUGCCACGGCGAUGCCAAAAGGAUGGAGGCUCUGAGGGAGAAGGGCUCCGUGAUCAGAGCGAACUCCAUGGCACUGAAGAGGCAGGUCACUUCGGAGCCUUUCCUCAGCCGGCCGGGGCUGGGCUCUCCCGAGAGCAGGGAGUUCCCGGGGUCGGCCAUGCAGAGCCUCAUCAAGUACAGCGGCAGCUUCGCCAAGGAAACCGCGUCCCGGCAGAGCUGCGGCAAGAAGAGCCCCUUCGGUGGCUUGGGCAACGUGAAGUUGGACUCUUCGCAGCUGGGGGCCUCCAAAGUGCAGGCGCUGCUGUGGCAGCAGCCAGCGAAGCAGCUCAAGAGGGACCCCGAGAGACCCGAGAGUGCCAAAUCUUUCGGCCGCGAGAGCAUCAGCUCCCAGGGCGAGGUGGAGGUGAGGCACCUGCCCGUCGGCAUCGCCGUGGCCGUCGCCCGGCAGAAGGACAGCAGCAGCAGCAGCAGCAGCAAACUGGGGCCUGGCUUGGCAGACCGGGAUCGCUCGCUAUCUCUCGGCAGCAUCAAAGGGCACGGACGCUCAGAAGAUGAUUGUGCGGAUGAGAGGAGCCGCCACCGGGACAGUCACCUCCUGGCAGGGCGCUUGGAGCGGGAUCAGGAGAAGCUUCUCAGAGAGAGCAAGGAGCUGGCAGAUUUUGCCCGGAUCCACCCCUCCAGCUGCGCCACGAAUGGUUUGAACUCCAACCUCAUGGUGACGGGGGGCCCAGCCUUGACGGGCUCCGGGCGCUGGUCUGCAGACCCGGCUUCGCACUUGGCAGCUCACCCCUGGCUCCCCAGGACAGGGAGCCCUUCCAUGUGGCUGGCCGGCCAUCCCUACGGACUUGGUCACCCUACCCUGCACCAAGGCAUGACUCCAGGCUUCCCCCCUGCCAUGGGGGGAGCUCUCCCUUCCGCCUACCAGUUUGCCAGAGACCCGCAGUCUGGGCAGCUCGUCGUGAUCCCCAGCGAGCACUUGCCACACUUCGCGGAGCUGAUGGACCGGGCACCCCCUCUGUGGCCUGCCAUGUACCCCCCAACCAGGAGCUCCCUCCAGCACGCUCACCCUCUCUCUCACCAGCCGCUGCUGCGGCAGCACGAGCUGUACAUCCUGCAGCAGCAAGCGGCCCACGCCAUGGAGCUACAGAGGAGUGCCCAGCUUGUGGAGAGAUUAAAGGCGAAUGAGCAGCGUGCGGAUAUGGAAGAGAAGGUGACGAAACGGAGCCUGGACAGUGCCAAAUCAAACCUUUCCUCCUCAGCCCCGGGACUGGUGCACCGAAACCCGCCUGUGCUGUCUCCCAGCACCUCCACAUCCUACAGCAAGGCUGUGAGUCCACCUCCCCUCUCUCCCAGGGCCUCACCCGUGUCUGUGCUCAAAGCUGAGGUGAUCCAAAAGAUGGAGGAGCCACCU